UUACAUCCAAGGCCGUUAAACUAUUAAAAAAAAAUUGACACAUUGAUUUGACAAAUGACGUAAUUAAAAAAUCAUGGCUUGACCAUAUCUUGUUGGCUAAAGUAAAAUUUAAAUAAUCGUUUAUAGUGUACAAUUUUAUUUUAAAUCAUCAUAAACAGUGCUAGACAAUAUAUGUAGAAGUGUAUUGUGUCCAAAUCUAAAACCAUGGAUGGUUCAAUAAAGUGAUGAUUAACAUUAAAGAAAAUGAGCAUAUUGCUUAAAGCAUAAGAAGUGAAAUGAAGAGGGCAAUCCACCAAUUUUCACACAUUGAAAGUGAAUUAUCUUAUUGGGCUCAAUAUGAUAAUAGUUCGCUGGGUGGAAAUAUUGAACCUGGAAUUAUCAGUAAACAUCUCUACUAAUACAAGUGUAAUACCAGUUGAUAGUUUUAGGAUGGCUGAUAAUAGAUAUUAUAGAAGCAAAUCUCCUAAGAAAUACAAAAGAGAAGAAUUCUCAAGACCUAAAAUGAAGAAAUCCAAACACUAUAAACAUAAAGAAGAGAACAAGCGUCAAGUUGAAUGUAAGACUCCACCAUUACCAUCCAGCACAAGUUUAGAUGAAUUGCUUAAACAAAGAGAAAACCUAAAAGAGGAAUUGGAAAAAAUUACAAAACAAUCAAAAUUUGACUUAGAAAUUAGACCUAAUUUGAAUGAAAUUAAAUAUAAUAAUGUCAAAACAUCGCAGCAUGGCAUCAAGAGGAUUUAUGUGAAUGACAAAGACAUAACUAACAUAAAAAGACGUAGACACGACUCUAUGGAAAAUCAGGAUAGUGAUGAUAGUCAUUUAGAUUCUGAUGAUGAAGAAAACAUCAUUGAGCUAAGAAGAAAACAGCGUAAGGAACUUUUGGAAAAACUCAAUUCUUCAUGCACUAACAAACCAUCAAAUUUAGCCGAAACCAAUAGCUUGUUACUUAAAAAUGAUCAUGAUAACAACCAAAAUAAUGAGCAGACUCACAAAAAUUCGGAUAACUCUGUAUCUGCCAAAGAAACCACUGACAUGUUUGCUGAAAAAGACUUUUCUAAUAGUCAAAAAGAUGUAGUGAAACAAGAUAAUAGCAAUACUGAACUCUCAGAUAACUGGGAUGAUGCAGAAGGAUAUUAUAAUGUAAAAAUUGGUGAUAUUAUUGACAACAAUAAAUAUACUGUCAAAAGUAUACUUGGUCAAGGAGUCUUCGCAAAUGUAAUCCUUGCUCAAGAUAACAAAAACAAAUUAGAAGUAGCUAUCAAAGUAAUGAGGAACAAUGAAGUUAUUUAUAAAACUGGCUUAAAAGAAUUGGCUUUAUUAAAAGAAAUUAAUGAAGCUGACCCUGAGAACAAACAUCACUGUAUAAAAUUUUUAAGAAAUUUUAUGCACAAAGGCCACCUUUGUGUUGUACUUGAACCAUUAUACAUGGAUAUGCGAAAAGUUAUUAAAAAAUAUGGCAAACAUACUGGUCUAAAUAUGAAAGCAGUAACGAGUUAUAGUAGACAACUUCUUUUAGCCUUGCGUCUAUUAAAAAAAAUGGGUAUCAUUCAUGCAGAUGUCAAGCCUGAUAAUAUUUUGGUAAAUGAAAAGAAGAAUAUAUUGAAAUUGUGCGAUUUUGGCUCAGCAUCAAAAGUUGAUGAAAAUGAGAUUACUCCCUAUUUAGUAUCAAGAUUUUACAGAGCACCUGAAAUAAUUUUAGGGCUUCCAUACAAGCAUGGUAUAGAUAUAUGGUCAGCUGGUUGUACAAUAUUUGAAAUGACUACUGGUAAAAUUAUGUUCACAGGAAGCUCAAAUAAUAAAAUGCUUAAGUGCUUUAUGGAUUUAAAAGGUAAAAUACCAAGCAAAUUAAUAAGAAAAGCCAAAUUCAAAGACCAGCAUUUUAAUUACAAUAAUAGUUUUCUCCUUCAUAAAAAAGAUGAAAUUUCCGGCAGAGAGAAGUUUGUAGAGCUUAGUAGUAUAAACCCAACCAGAGAUCUUUUACCAGAACUCAAAAAAUGUUAUAAAAAUGUUACCGAAGAAGUAGAAACGAAAUUAGCACAAUUGAAAGAUAUGUUAGAGAAAAUGUUGGUCAUUGACAGUAACCAAAGAUUCUCAGUCAAUGAUUGCCUCAAACAUCCUUUUAUCCAAGAAAACUUUAACAAGUGAUUUGAAAUCAGAUUCAAUAAGAAAAUAAAAAUAAGUAAUUUAUGUAUUCAGUUUUGUUUUUCUAUCAUGGUUAAUGCAUCAACCUUUUUAUACCCGGUGGGCAAUAAUUUUUUCAUACAAAUGUUCGUGACUGAUUCCUCCUUGAUUUUUAAUACUGAAUUGAUUUUCAUACAUGAAAUAUAAUUUUACUCAUUAU